CCAAGGGAUGAUACCAAGGCCACGGCGCGUCAGGCUGGAGGCACGGAACUUCCAUGUCUGGCUGCGUUGGGAGCCACACCCCAGCUCACCCAGCUCUGCCACUUACGAGGUGGAGUGGAGGAACAGAACCUCAAACUGGACCAAGGCAGGUGCCUAUGGGUGGAACAGCAGAAACUCCUGGGUGUGUGAGCUGUAUUUUGACAGGAUUCAUGAUAUCUACUGGGCACGGGUGAGAAUGGUGGCCGGAGGUGAACAGUCCGAGUGGGCCAGUUCCAGUGAGCUACAGCUGUACAGAGACACAAUUGUUGGCCCCCCCAAGUUGUCCUGGCUGCUCCAGGACCAAAUCCUCAGUGUAAACAUCAUCACACCACCCACUCCCUACCAGAGAAGAACUGGUUCCUACAAGCCAGUCAACCAAGUGCUGCUGAAGCUGUGGUACUGGCUGCACCUGUACGAGGGGGACCUGCUUGUCCAGCAGGUGCCCUGCAAACGGAGCAGUAAGGAAGUGCCUUGCACCUUUGGGCACCUGAAGCCCAGCACACAGUACUGUGUCCGGACGGUGGCUGCAGACAUUGCCAGGGAGCGGAGCCGGGAGGCUGAGCAGUGCCUGGUGACUCCAGCAGGCCCUUCAGGCUUUCCAUGGGUCCUUGCUGUCCUCAGUGCCUUCUUCCUGCUGCUGCUACUAAGUGUGGCCGGGAUCUGCCUCAUGCAGCUGUAUGUCUUUCCCAGUCCUUCGGAGAUGUGCCUCCCAAAAGCACUGGCUCUCCAGAACAGUGAGCUGAGUGUGGCCAUGCAGGUGCCUCCACUCCAGCCUGAGGAGGACCCGCUGGCCCUGCUCCUGCAGACUGUGCUCCCCUCCCACAGGCCAUCCACAGCUGUGCAGGCAUCAGCCACGGUUCCACAGCUUCUGCAAGGCCUUGUCCAGGAUGUGAGUGGCUACUGUGCCAAUGGGUUUGGCCCAAACUGCACUGAGGGAAGGCACCCAUCCUGCAACCACAGUCAGCUGGGGCAUGCCUUAGGUUCCCAGGUCCCCUCACAGCUGGAGAAGGAUGGGGAGGCAGGUGAUGGGGAUGAUUUGCCAGAGCAGCAGGUGCUAGUGGGACUGGCUGGACACAGCUACCUAGCUGACAGGGACAGCCAGUUACCUGAAAUAUGGCUCCCCCUGCACCUCCAGCUUUAUUCUAAAUGCCAGUGCCCAGUCCUGGGAGCAGGCAGCCACCUUCCUCUGCCCGUGCCAAGCAGAAGCUGCAGCCAGGAGUACCGGCAGGAGAGUCUCGGCACAGGCGGGCCCUGGGUCCGGCUCAGCUCCGUGCAGCUCCCGGCCAGUACGGAGGCAGAGGGAGGGCAGCGCCUCUGUGCUCCCCGGCCCCUGCGUGGCGGCGGGACUGAACCACAACGCGGUGACGGCACCGUGCAGCGAGGCCGCUCGGAGCAGGCAGAACCGCGUCUGCCCAGCCCCUGCCAGCUGCCCCCCUCGCCCCGCAGCGUCCUGCGGGCACUCGCCCUAUCCGGCUACGAGCCCCGAGCCCCGUGCGGCAGCGAGCCACAGCGAGCCAGCUCCGGGCAGAGCCCAGGCCGCCUCCCGAGCUGUCCUAACCUGUGCUGCCGGGCUGGCCAUGGGGCUGGGGCGGGCUCCCAAGGGCAGGCAGAGGCAUAUUCCGGGCACAGCCGCCAAGGAUCCGCCAAGGACGGGCGGGACCCAGAGCUUUCAUCUGGGUGCUCCUUAGACACAGCCUAAGGAGCAUUGACCAACGCUGAACCCCCAAAACUCUUAUCUAGAGAUCUGUCUGUAUGUGUGUGUAUGGUACACUAUCUAUAGUAAUGUAACACUGAUAUAUACAUGUAUAUUUAUAAAGCUCUUUAGUGAAAAUUGUUCAGGUUUUUACUUCUCUGGAAAUAUUGAUUCUGGAGCUG